AUGCCUCACUCAGAAGAGUUUUAUCUCGACAGAUUGACUGAUCUGCGUUCUAUCAACGAAACAAGAGCUAAAAACGCUCAAGCAUGGAAAAAUCUCUUGCCCGAGGAAGAGUACGUGGAAAGAGAGUUCUUGCUUUCCAAGGCAAAGAUCACCUCGCUGGACAUCAAUAGGCUCUGUGUUUUUGCAUUGAAAAAGAAAGACACAGAUACCGUGGUGAGCUCAAUGGAGGUGCUAAUUCGCCAGGCAUGGCGUUUCAAAAACGACAAUGGCCAAGUCGUAAAGAUCCCCGUGUUGAGCGGGUGUAUCGGUGCCGUUUAUACAUACCCAGAAUAUCGAGGCAACGGGUUUGCUGCGAUGAUGGUGAGGAAGUUCAUGGAGGUGAUGAAGCAGACCGAUUACUUGGGCACAGAUGGCUUCACAUUCUUAUACUCUGAAAUCGGUGAGUACUACGCCAACCACGGCUUCAAAUCGUUCGCCGUACCGAUUGCCAAAAUUCCGCUCCGAGGAUCAAAGCAACCCGUCCAGCUUCCCGCAGGUGCCUCCUUGGUUCCAUACCACGGCUUUGAAUAUCUUUUUGCACUCUACAGAGACCACUUUGCUUCAGAAAUGACCGCUAAGGUUAAAUAUGACGGCAUUGAGAGAAUCUCUGUGGUUCCUACCGCAGAUUUUGCGGACUGGUUCCACUUGCGGGCAAAGUUCCUUUCUACGAGGCUUUUCGGCGACAAAAACGCUCAAGUCAAUGUGUGGACCGACUCGUACGAGCACAUUGCCAGCGAAUUCCAAAAAGUCGAGCCAAAGUACUUUGGUUUGCGCUUGGACUGUCCAUCUUCUGGAAAACACAUUGGGUUUAUCGUGUGGACUUACGACUUCGACUACUGCAAAGAUGAGCAGAAGUAUCACAACCAUGCCACCGUGCUCAAAAUCCAUGUGAACACGCCAGACUUUGAUAGAGAUACAUAUGCAUUGCAACUCCUUGAGCUUGCCAAAGGCUACUUGGAGCUGCCCCACGAGGAGGAGCCCUUGAAGAAUUUCACGACAUUGGUGGUGUGGGAGUCUGAGCUCUCUGAGCAGGCCCAGCUUGACCUCGAGAAGAAGUUUGGCGCCGCCUUACAUUUAGAAAAUUCCUCUAGAAGUGCCGUCAUGUACAACAACGAGGAAGAUGACAAGAAAUUGAAGAGUGGAGCGAUGAUCUGGGAGAAUAAUACUAAGCUUCCGUGGUUUUGA